UUAAACUCAUUUUUCUUUCUUUAUCCCGAUUGUAACUGGUUUCAACUUAAAUUACCUUUUAAGGUAAAACCUCCACUAGCAAAGUGGAAAUUUCAUCGCUGGUUAAAAUGGGCCAUUUCACAAAAUGUAAUCGAUCCUGCUGACUACUUCAUCCCGAUUCGUUAUUUACGAGUAAUUAGUCCUCUCAAGUAUUGCAACGGGAGCGUUGUUCGCAAUAAAAGUGACGUUACAGGAAACUCGAUCUCUUCGAACGAGAUCGAGCGGUCUAAUAAAUUUACUCGAAGAAGAACGAGAUCUCAGAGAGUACCAGACUUGCCCAUCACGUCGAAAGAAGAAGCAACGGAAGAUAUUAAUCGAUGGAUCGACUUCAAUAAGAUGGCUUCAUACGUGACGGACGUACAUCUGUUCUACAAAUUGGAGUACUUCCAGUGCUCGAUUCAAGUAACAGGCGACACAUUAAAGAUAAAUAAUGAGAAUCGAAAAGCAGAAGUACCAAAAGCAAGUACAAAAGAGAUUAAAAAGGAGAAAACAGGUACUUUCAUACAUUUACAUGUACGCACAAUUAAAACAAAAGCCAUCAAGUAUCUAUACACCUACAACAACAUUGACAAGAUUGUAAAAUCCGGAUACAAACCUUUGUAUUUGUUCUGCGAUUCCCCGAAAAAGAAAUUCUUCUUAGUCAAUCUUUGCACCGCACCGAAGAUGAAAAAUGCCGAUUUGCAUAAAAGAGAUUACUUAAUCCUAGAAAAGUACGAUUGGUUCCACGUACCCGAUUCAUCGAAUCAAUCGAUAACUAUUUCUACAACCGGCAAUAAGUCGACUGUUAUGGAAUUAGAAGCUGGCAGACAACUUUUGCGAAUUAACAGCCGUUUGGACUAUGGCCUGAUGAUCAUUUCUUCCGACACCAAUUUCCAUCUUGGAGAUCGGGCGACUGUGCAACAGCUGAUGACUACAGAGUCCGUCAGAAUCGAGCAGAUAUCAAAAACAAUUAGCGAUAAUCUCUGCAAAAUGUAUCGAUCGUUUGGAACGAAAGAAUAUCCAGCGAUGUUGCAGAAUUUUUAUCGAAGCUACAUUCCUAACUUGCAACUUGUUCCUUCAAGAAAAAAUAAGAAUUUCCGAACGUUAAUACAUCAUUUCUUCAUGGAAGAACAAGUUCGGUUGAUCAGGGAAACUGUUCCCGAUAAGGAAUUUGAAGACUUCCUUUAUUCUUUAAGAAUAUUUUUCCUAAAUCCGUAUAUUAGAUCAGAAUACCUAGAUUUAACGACCAAUCAGAAAACUCUUCGAGACCUUAUCACACGGGAAACUUCAAAAACAUGGUUUCCUAUGUACAAACAUAAAGAAGGCUCGACCGAUGAUCAAGCUGCGACGAUGAUUCAAUCUUUUCUCAAGAUGGCUCUUAUAAAAAAAUACAAACAGUUUCACAAUUCCGAACAUACUCUUCAUACGCAAAUUCGCGAACGACUCCUGAAGAUAUCUGAUCUGUUUGACUCAUUUUUCGUAAGCCAGUUACUGAGGAAUGUUAUCAACCGUCAUAAAAAUCUUCUACAAGAUCUGUAUCCUUGCUCUGAGGAUUUUAUUCACGUUUUGAAUAUUCAGGAAUUCAGAGGAAUCGUGGGGAGCAUCAGGCAAGAACAAUGGUUCCCAAUUGUCAGACUUGUUAUAAAUCCUAAGCCUGCAGAAUCAGUUUUCGCAGCUUUCGAACUAUUAAUCAAUCUCCCUCGUUUCGCACUGCGUGUUUUUAACAAUCAAAACGGACGUGAGGUAACGCGUCUUAUGAAUCACGUGAUUCCAGCUCAUUACAAUCAUCUUCCGGAAGGUUACACAGUGUUCGCUUAUGGUUGGAGUGACAAACAACACUUCAAAGAACUCAACUGGGCGAUUCGCAUAGUUACCAUAAAAGGUGAUCCGAUACUCUAUCAACUGGGUGACCAACGGCCUCUGUCCUUGGAGACCAAACUGCCCAAGCUAACAGUCGACGAAUUAAUCGGUACAUACAUUCCGAAUGCGAGAGACUGUAUCUCACGAUGGAUUCUACGAUCGAUUUCGGAGAGAAGCAUUAUUUCAGUAAGGUUGACAACCUCCUACAAUCUGGCAGAGAUCAGGGUAAAAAUUGUUGAUAAAGAUGAUAACAUUUUGGUCGAUGUGAAAGGCGGGUCAACGAUUUUGUUACCUUUAGUGAUCCUAAACCAUUCUGGCGUAAAUGAUGAAAAUUAUAGAACUGAAAAUAAAAACCAAGACAUUAACAAAGAGUUCGAAAAUGCGAGGAAGAAGAAAAAUUUGUAUUACAUAGAGGCUUUUGUACUCAACAACAGCUGGCCCCUCACCGAUGUCGAGUGGACGGUCGUGAGCCAAGCAAAAGUGAAAAUCACGGGAGAUAUCAACAAAACAAAAUCGGGGAGUAGAACGUCUUCAAGAUCAAGUCUGUUAACGAUGAGAAAACAAUUCGUGAGUAACGGCCAAGUUUUGGAAUCGCCAUUUUGGAUUCUUCAGAUUGUUACAGAUGCUUGGGAUGCAAUAGAGGUAUGCGUUUAUUUUAAUUUAAUCAAGAAAGCUACAUGUCGCGUUAUUCAAAAGAUCUGUCGAGAUAAUAGCAAAGAGCAAGAAAUAAUAUUGUUGAAAGAAUCUUGGCAGUCGAAGGAUUCAAGUCGACCCGAGCGUGGAAAGGAUUUGCGAGAAGCUUUUUUAAAUGCGUACGCCUCAAAAAUGAAAUCUGACGCAUCUUCGAAUCGAAACGGGAUGCAGUUAAAAUUAAUAGAAGACAAAGAUAUGGUAUUUUGUCUGCCGCACACAAGGCAAUACAGAACUCUGAAACCACUAGAAUCUGUUCAUCUACCUGCUUUAGACCUGGCAAAAUAUACAAGAGACGAAAUUAUGAAAAAUCAUCAGAUAAAAACGAAGAUCAACGACGAGUUACUAAAAAGUCAAUGUAUCACCAUCAUCACUGACAGUCAAACAAAUUAUUCCAAUUAUUUGGAGAACCUAGCUGAGCUGAUAAAUAAACAACUGCGAAGAUAUGCGAAGAAUAUCGAUAAGAGAAAGAAGAACUUCUGGCAAAGAAGAUCACUCAUAGAUGCUGCGUAUGAAACGAGGAAAACCUACGUUGAUAAUUUGCUAUCAGAGAGAGCGAAAAAUAAGGCAAAGGGGAAGAAGGAUUGAUAAGAUUCUACCUUACGAAGUAGCGUAAUAUAGCUAAUCAAUUAUGUUUACGAACAUCAUAAUUCAACAAUUAAAUAAUAUAUUUAAAAAUACUUAAGAAUUUAAGCAAUUUAAAUAAUACAAUAAAAUAUAUUUUAACUGUAAAGAAAUAUAUGUCAAAUUACCAACUGUUAUAAUAAACAGAGAUGUGUACUUAGUUUCCCUGCAAGAGCCGAACGAAAUGCUAUUUCAGUAGCUGCUGCUUCGAGAGUGCUGUUCACUUAAGAGGCACACUUGCUACGUUGAUGACUGUCCACGAUCCACCUUUUAAUGACUCCUCUCUGACCGUCCAAGAAAGAAAUAACGGCGAUCCACCCAUUUUUCAUCCGGGACCAGUCCCCGCGGUCUAGCAAGAUUAUUAUGAAACUACGAGAGAAGACGUCUAUGAGAGAGGGGGUGCAUGGAGACGUACAGUGGACGUGAUAAACGGCCUUGAGUACCUAUCAUCGAAAACAUUAUUGCUCUUUUAAUCGUAGAAUCAAUAAAUAAAAUUACUUUUAUUUUUAACUACAAAUUAACUAAUUAGCCUAAAUUAAUUUCGGCCUCAAUUUAGAUUGCUAUUGUUAAUUACAACGUUAUUGAUAAUUUUAUUAACUAUAUUGUCAAGAUUCUGCAAUCUAAGCUUCAAUCUUUGUUUCAACUUAAUUCUUGUAUGUUCUAGUGGAAUUGUCUUCAGAAUUGUCUUACCUCUAUUUUGUAUAAUUCUUUAAGUUUAUAUUAUUUUAAAUUCAAAUACUGAGACAAGUUAAGCCCGUCUAUUAUACAUGCUAUACGCUCUAGCAGCUUACACGCUGAUUGCAGGUGCAGCUGCUACCGCAUUCAGGAUCGGCGUUAGUCCAGCUAGUAAUCACUGUCGAUCAUGUUUGUGUUAGACGAUCUUGUCUGUCGCGUAGCGAAUUACAAUUACGGCGUAUCGCUGCAUCAUGCGCAAGUACUUACGUACGCACUUGCAUUGAAUACUGUAUCUGGAUAUUUAACCUUAGAAUGCACAACCUGAGAACCGAUUUGAUUCCGAUCUUGUUUUAAGCAUCCCGAAGAAUUAUUUUCAAAAUUAUAAAGAAACUCAAAGAUUAUAAAUAAAAAUUUAUUGCAUAAUAAUAAUAGAUAUGGAAAUAAAUAGUAAAAUAAGGGAUCAAAAUAGUGACACGUUCAGAACUAGUACAAAGUAAUCUUUCUUGUCAAAUAUUACACCUGGUUGCAGAAAUAUUUCAUAACUGUAAGUCUAGAAUCGAUUGAACAAUACAACUAAGUAAUUAUUAAGAUUCUAAUUUAAAAUAUUAAUUAUUAACAAAAAUUAUGGUACAAAAUAUAGGGAUCAUACUACUUUCUUUUCUUACAUAAUAUACAUUUAAAUAAAUGUUACAAAUAUAAUUUUUAAAUAACUAAAAAAUAAAGUGCAAGUUUAAGCGUUACAUAUAUUCAUAUAUUUACAGAUACCAAGCGUUGUUGAUCAAACUGCUGAUCAACCACGUGGGUGAGAUCCGCAACAAUCGAGAGACGGCCUCGCCGACUGUCCUCGUCUGUGCCAAAACGCGUGGAUGAGAAGGCGGAUUUUACCACGCGUGGUUCCCUCGCGUUUUAUCUGGCAUCUCACGGCCUCUCAACUCGUGCAAGUCAACUCGAUAUACCGAGUCGCGCUCGAAUACGUUUUACGCGUCCCCAUUAGCCGUGCAUCUCUCAGUUCACUCUCCCGGCUUCUUCUCUUCUCGUAUGUACGCGACGUUCACGUACACGAUGCCGCAUCGCCGCGUUCCCACCCGCAUAUUAUUAGACCUCCGAC